CGUCACUUUAUCAAACAUCCGUGAGAAACAAGGCGGCUUUUAUUUAGUUCCACCCGGAAGUGCACGUUACUUAAAUGUCUAUUCCCGGUGGUUUGCAGUGAAGCUGAUGCAGUGCUGAGAGAGCGCCAACUGCUGGAGAAAAAUGAAUCAGACCUUGAGAUCAGACGGUGGUGACCCGGCCGUGCUGAGAGAGCAGCUCUGUGACCUGUGGAGCAGGAAGGAGCUGGAGGUGCUGAGACGACAGGCUGUGUCUGGGUUCUCCCAGUUCCGCUCGCCCCUGGCUGGGCUCCUGACACUGCUGGACGGCUGCCCUGGUGUCCAGAAGAGCAGGUCCACCUCUCUGGGUCAGUUCCUCCUCACGGAGUUUGUGCGAUGGAGACGUGGACGGGUGCAGGUCAGCCUGAAGGAGCUGGAGGACGAGGAGGAGAAGAGGAACCUGCAGCUCCGGGCUCUAGAGCUCAUCACGACCUCGCAGCCAGGAUACAUGGACCUCCUGCUGGAGAUCUACGAGCUGAAGAACCUGGAGAAGAACCUGCUGCUGGAGCAUGUGACCCUCCUGCAGAACAGUCACUGUUUCCGAGAGGCGGCGUUGCUCUGCAUGAAGUUAGGAUUUCAGGAAGAACUCGACAUGGAACAAGUGUGUGUUCCUCUGAUCCUGAUGGACAAGCUGCCGCUGGCCGAGGCGUACGUUCAGGGUCACGCUGACCUGCAGGAGUGUCUGGUCCGUCUGCUGGACUCGUGGUGCAGCCCAGACUUUAACCUGGAGAACUUGCGCAGGCAGUUUCCUUGUUUGUCUCUUUCCAAACACCAGACAGAUCAAAUCCAGCCCAAGCUGCUCAUUAGACACAUCUUCCGGCUCAUGGAAAAAUUCAGCAUUGAUCCUGGUGUGUGUGUGAACGCUGUCUACAAGAGGAAACUCGACUCCCUGAGGUUUCUCAUGUACAAGAGGUUUGGAGAGAAAAACAUGUCGGAGGAGAACUGGAGGGACCAUGUGCAGGUCACAGUGGAGGGCAGUGUGGACCUCCAGGUUGUGUUAGUGGAGCUCUUGGUGAAAUACUGUGGAUUGAAGGCUGCAGCUCAAUGGGCCAAACACUACAGUGUACCGAGAGACAGACUUCCCUUCGGGGUGAGGGACACCAUGGAGACCCUGUCCUCCAGUCAGCUAGAAAUAAAUGAAGUGUUUUCUCCUCUGGAUCGGUGGAUCACCCCUCCGUCUCACCAGCUCCAGUUCUACCAGCUUCCUGUGAACCAGCAGCACGUCCACAUGGUGGAGAAUGCGGAGCAGCUGCAGCUCUGCAGAGACUCGGUUCUCCAGACGGGGGGUGUGGUGGGCGUGGACAUGGAGUGGAGAGCUGGAUUCGGUACAGUGAGCACGCAGCGCAUCUCCCUGAUUCAGCUGGCGGUGAAGGAGCAAGUGUUCCUGCUGGAUCUGUGUGCUCCGGGUCUCAGCCAUCACAGCCUGACCAUUAACUUCAUCCGAACGCUGCUCACUGACACCAGCGUCCUCAAACUGGGUUAUGGGAUGUCUGGAGAUUUGAGGAGUCUGGUGGCCACAUGGCCUGAGUUAAAGGAGGAACCUCUGGAGUUUAAGGGAGUGUUGGAUCUGCUCCAUGUCCAUCAGCAGCUGCAGCGGUGCUGGCGAGGGCGUGCUGGGCCUCGGCCAAUGGAGGUGAACGAGGGCCCAGCGGAGAAAGGGUUGAGUCUGCUGGUGCAGCAGGUGCUGGGAAAACCACUGGAUAAAACCGAACAGUUGUCCAACUGGGAACGCCGUCCACUUCGCACCGGACAGGUCCGCUACGCAGCGAUAGACGCGUACUGUCUAGUGGAUGUGUAUCUGACGCUCUCUGCGGAUCCGAAGGCAUUCGGUCUUCCGGAUGAUCUGCACUCGAUCAAGCCGAGUUCAUCAACCAAAAGUGACUCCAACAAAAAAACUAAAGAGAAGAGGAAGCAGACAGGCCGGAAGGCUCGUCAGAGUGCCAGUGGGUGCGUGGGCGAUCAGGAUGAGUGUGUACGGGGGGAAGGCGAGCAAUACGGAGCCUCCAUAACGCCUCAGGAGCUGCGAGUGGUGUGUGACAAUAUGCUACAGGGCCUGGGGAGGUACCUGCGCUGCGUUGGCGUUGACGUACUGAUGCUGGAAAACACAGACGACCACAGAGUAGCAGCACAGAUCGCUCGAAAUGAAGGUCGUAUCAUCCUCACCUCCGGCCAGCCAUUUCAAACUCUCCGGUCACAGGUUGCAGAGGGCCGCUGUCUGACUCUGGACUGUUCGGAGAAGGCUCGAGACCAGGCUCUCCAUGUCCUCAAACAUUUCAACGUCCACCUCACACCAUCAGACAUAUUCAGUCGAUGCCAGGCAUGCAAUAAUGAUGAGUACCUGAAGCUGCCGAGAGAAGACAUGACUCAGAUGAUGAACAAACGAGGCCUGAUUCAGCACCUGGUGCUCAAACGGGAUGACUGCGAGGCUCCAUGUGACGCUCAGGUGGACUAUAACAGGUGGAGGCCCCUGGAGGGGCCCGCGUUCACCCCUCACUGCCGCUGGGCCCCUCGCUCGGCCCUCGACACUCAAUCCUGUCGUUUCAGGGGUGGAGCCAAGGUGCAGCUGGAGACGGUUCCGCCCGGACUGCUCCCUCGCAUCCCCGAGUACUUCAUCUGCACGCGCUGUGGGAAAGUGUUCUGGGAAGGAACCCACUUCGACCGGGCGCUCUCUCAGUUCCAGGACGUUCUGAACUUUUCAGAUGACGACAUGAUGCCCAGGAAGCACUGAGUGUUCCGAGGUUUGAGGGCUGGGGGGGAAAAAAAAAAGUCACAGUCUGAUCUUGGAACACUGUAAAGUGUCAAAUCAUGAAAUGAAAUCACAUCAAAUAUCAGGAGGUUGAGAGUUCAAGUCCCAGGAUGGCCAAAGAAUCAGUAUUGGACCUUUUAAAUAGUAUAGAGCAAAAAAUAUACAGAGGUGCCAGUAUUUAUGGUUGAGCCCUUAUUGUUUUCUUGACAUGUUUCUACGGCGAUAGAGGAGAGACGUGAGCCGUUUUUCUUUUUCAGUGAAAUGAGUGUUUAAGGCAAAUUAAAUCCAUCCAGUGGAGGAGCUUCACUGAUUCGCCGAAGGUUGAAAGGACGUCAGGUUUCGGAAGUGAAACACAUGCGUGGAUUUGCGCUGACCCUCACUAAGUGAACUUUGACUUCUCAGGUUCAUGUUAUGAACCGGUAGAAAUGAAACAAAAAAAAAAAGUGGGUGUAGCUGCUAAAUAUUAAUUAGCCGUGAAGUUCAGUGACAUGCUGUAUGUGUUUUAUGGUAAUAUCCCUUUUAAUUUAAUUUUUUCUCCAUUUCUUUUUAGAAUUUCUUAUUAGCACUGUUGACAGCUCUGUGUUUACAAGUUUGUUGGGAAAUUACAGAACUGCGUGGUACGACUGACGAUGUGAGAGUUCCAGCGCUCAUUGCUGUUGUUGUUAGACUUCUAUCCUGUACACGAGGUGCAACUUGUGUUCACUUUGUUUUUAUAGGCUGCGUUUUUGUUUUUAAACCACACCAGCUCACGUGUUGCAGUCUUCGGGUGUGGCUCAGUCAUUCCGCAUGCACCAGAUCAGUACUGAUGCCUCGCUGUUUUACUAAAUUGUUUUAUGAGGUUUGUUUUAUUUCUUUGUUUGUUUGUUUGAUACUCCCUGUUGGAAAAAAAAUCAAUCAAAUACGAUUAAAACCCGACUUUAUCUGUAA